GAAGAGGCGGUUGUUUAUUGUGUGGUUCGAGAUUUCGUCGUUGUAUCUGUAAUUUAACAGCUAUAUUUAAGAGGAUACAAAAGACAGAGUUUUACUUAAGCUUAACUUUGAGACGCGUGUGUUAUUUGCCACAUCAAGAGAAACGAGUCCUAAAACGGCAAACAUGAAAUGGAUGUUCAAAGAGGAUCACUCCUUGGAACAUCGUUGCAUCGAGUCUGCCAAAAUCCGCAACAAGUACCCUGACAGGGUCCCGGUGAUUGUGGAGAAAGUGUCGGGAUCACAGAUAGUGGACAUUGACAAGAGGAAGUACCUGGUCCCAUCCGACAUCACAGUGGCUCAGUUCAUGUGGAUCAUCAGGAAACGCAUCCAGCUGCCCUCAGAGAAAGCCAUCUUCCUGUUUGUGGACAAGACAGUGCCUCAGUCUAGCAUCACGAUGGGGCAGCUGUACGAGAAAGAGAAGGACGAGGAUGGCUUUUUAUACGUAGCCUACAGUGGCGAGAACACCUUUGGUUUUUAAAUCCAAAAGUCAUGAUCAUGACUGGCCUUACCUGCGGCGCCCACCGCUAUACUGACACCCACCUACAUCAAAUCACAUCCCUCACUCAACCC